AUGGCGCUCGUGCGUUUGGCGUCGGCGUUAUUCGUCUACGCCUUCGCGGCGAAUCGCUGUCUGGCUUUGGGUCGCCAGCGCGGUCAAUUAUCCGUUGGCUACACCAUUCGCGAACUCAGCUACUCCAACGUCCCCGGUGCAACGGCAUCUAGAACAACGUCUGCUUUUAUCGGAAGUCACAAUGGGCAGUUCGGUUCUUACGCUGCUCAGCACGCUCGCAAUUCCUCAGCCACCCUUGCUGCGAAACCCAAGGAGAUCAUAUUGGCUGACGAUUGCCGCAACAAUCUGCUCGCUGGUGUCAGUACGGUGGCUGACACUGUGCGAGUGACCCUGGGUCCACGUGGUCGUAACGUUUUGCUGGAGAAGGAGUACGGGUCUCCCAUCAUCGUUAAUGACGGUGUUACGAUAGCGCGUAACAUUGAAUUGGAGGACCGCAAGAUGAAUGCUGGUGCCAAGCUGAUCCAAGAGAUUGCCACGGCGUCGGACGAUCGCGCCGGUGAUGGUACUACUUCUACCUCCAUUUUGGCAGCGGAGAUCGCGAAGAAGGGUGUGGAGUAUGUCAACAAGGGCCACAACCCUAUUCCCAUCCAGAAGGGUAUCCAGAAGACGUCAAAACUCAUUAUUGAAGAACUGAAAAGUUUGAGCAAGCCCGUCGACGGCUACAACGAUUUGCUCAACAUCGCUACGGUGGCCACGAGCGGCAACACUGUGAUGGGUGAGGUGAUUGCCAAGGCUUUCGACAAACUCGGCGCUAAUGCCGCUACGGUGCUUGAAGAGAACCCCGCUUUGGAGGACCAAUUGGACUUCACUGAGGGAUACACUUUCGACCGUGGUUUCGCCAACCCCUACUUCUUGUUGGGCGAAGAGAAGGAUUCAAUUGAAUGGAGUGCACCUCAGAUCCUCAUCUCCGACGGUAAGAUCGAGACUGCGCAGUCGGUUCUGCCGAUUCUGGAGCACGCCGCCAAGACCAAGACACCGUUGGUCAUCAUCGCAGAGGACUUCGGCCCGGACGCCAUGCAGACGUUUAUCAUUAACAAGAUGCGUGGUAUGCUGAAGGUCGUGGCCGUGAAGGCACCUUCCUUCGGUGAGCGCCGCAAGGAUUAUCUCCAGGACAUCGCUACCGCCACUGGAUCCACGUUCGUUUCCCAGGACGUGGGCAUAAGUUUCAACGACCUGACUCUGGACAUGCUUGGUAUGGCCAAGAACGUCGUAAUCAAGAAGGACCGCACGUCCAUUCUCACCCUACCCCAGUUCAACGAAGCCAUCAAACGCCGCAUACAGGGGUUGUUGAACGAGAAGGAGAAAUCGACCUCUUCGUUCGAUAAGCAGAAACUCGGCGAGCGCAUCGCUGCGCUGUCCGGUGGCAUUGCGCGCAUCCGCAUCGGCGCAGCUACUGAGACCGAAUUGAAGGAAAAACGACUGCGUUAUGAAGAUGCCAUUAACGCCGUUCGCGCCGCUAUGGAGACAGGUUUCGUGCCUGGUGGAGGUGUGGCCUACCUGGCCAUGCAGUCUCCAGCAUUCACCGCCAAGGCGGAGAAGCAUAUCGCAGACACCGUUAAGACGGAGAUGAAGCCAACUGACCCCGAAUUCGAAGGAGAGCGUGAUGAGGACGUCGAAGGCGAGAUCGAGUUGGAACAAGCCGGUUCUAAGAUAGUACUCGACGCCAUGUCGGUCAUAACGAGGCAAAUCGCGGACAACGCUGGCGCCAGCGGCACGAAGGUUGUAGAACGCAUCAAGAACAGCGGCAAGCCGUUCGGCUACGGUUGGAACGCAAAGACCAACAACUACGGCGACAUGAUUAAGCAGGGUGUGAUUGACCCAACGAAGGUGGUGAUGAACGCCGUGGAGAAUGCGUGCUCUGUGGCCGGCCUUAUACUGACGACCGAGGGCAUGAUGGUGGAAAAGGAAACCGAUAAGAAGAAGUCCGAUACCACUUCGAUCGAUGACGCGUACGAAUGA